CCGUUCUCCCUGACAGCCAAGAUUUACUUUCCCUUGACCCUCCCCCUUACCAGGUUCCUCCUCUUAUUCCGCAAGCUGCCCCUAUCCCUGCUGCGCCGGCAGAGCCUCCCGUAGCCCAGCCCAUAGGAGAACUAGAGAAUAGGGAGGCUCAACCCGCGCCCAUGCCUAGUGGGGGCGAAGUCCAAAGGCCGGCUGGACGCACCCGUAGGCGGGCCCCUCAUGAGCCAGGACUCCGCCUUCCUGACUCCACCGUAGCUUUACCCUUACGGGAAAUAGGGCCUCCCGAUGAUACGGGGAACCCCCGACUUCAAUACUGGCCCUUCUCUACCAGUGACCUAUAUAACUGGAAAACCCAGAAUGCCCGAUUUUCUGACAACCCUAAAGAUUUAAUAAGUCUCUUAGACACUGUUAUGUUUACCCACCAACCCACCUGGGAUGAUUGUCAGCAGCUCCUCCGAAUCCUGUUCACCACUGAGGAGCGAGAAAGAAUUCAAUUGGAAGCAAGAAAGCUGGUUCCUGGAGAUGACGGCCAACCCACUGCUAACCUUGAUCUCAUUAAUGCAGCUUUUCCCUUGACCCGACCCCCACAGGAUGACUGGGACUACAACACGGCAGAAGGUAGGGGACGGCUGCACAUUUAUCGCCAGACUCUAAUGGCGGGUCUCCGGGCUGCUGCACGCAAGCCCACUAAUUUGGCAAAAGUGUAUUCAGUAAUACAAGGUAAGACAGAGAGCCCUGCCACUUAUUUAGAAAGAUUAAUGGAAACCUUCAGACAGUAUACCCCCAUGAACCCCGAGGCCCCCGAAAAUCAAGCUGCUGUUGUAAUGGCCUUUGUAAAUCAGGCAGCCACUGAUAUUAAAAAGAAACUCCAGAAACUAGAGGACCUGGAGGGAAAACAGAUUCAGGACUUACUCCACAUUGCCCAGCAUGUCUAUAAUAAUAGAGAGACUCCAGAGGACAGGCAACUUAAAGCCACCGAGGAAAUGACCACAGUCCUGGCUGCUGUUGUCCAAAAGCCCCUGGAUAAACAAAAGCCCCUAGAUAAGGACCAAUGUGCCUAUUGCAAAGAAAAAGGCCGUUGGGCCCGAGAAUGCCCUAAAAAGAAAAAGCCACGUCAUGAUCAAAAACCGUGGCAGCCAAAAACCACACCCGCCCUCUUCACUCAAGAUGCAGAAUAGGGGGGAUGGGGUUCGGAUCCCCUCCCCGAACCUAGGGUAACGCUACAAGUGGAGGGGAACCCAGUUCAAUUCCUAGUCGACACAGGGGCACAACAUUCGGUCUUGAUCAGACCCCAUGGAAAAAUUUCUGAAAAAUCUUCCUGGGUCCAAGGGGCUACCGGGAUAAAAAAAUAUCCCUGGACCACCCAGAGGACUGUGGACCUAGGAAAUGGAAAGGUCACCCAUUCCUUCCUAGUCAUCCCCGACAGCCCAUGCCCCUUAUUAGGAAGAGACUUACUCACUAAAAUGGGGGCCCAGAUUCAUUUUACACCAGGGGGCCCUCAAGUGACUGGCCCUCACAACCAACCCAUGACCAUACUUACUCUAAGAUUAGAAGAUGAAUAUCGACUCCAUCAGGAGCCACCCUCACAAAGUCAAAACAUAGAGCCCUGGCUCCAGCAGUUUCUAGAAGCAUGGGCUGAAACCGUGGGUAUGGGGUUGGCUAAACAUCGCCCAGCUCUAUUCAUAGAGCUGAAACCGGGGGCAGAUCCAGUUCGGGUCCGACAAUACCCGAUGUCAAUGGAGGCCAGAAAUGGCAUCACGCCACAUAUCCGUCGCCUCCUAGACUUAGGCAGCUUGCGUCCCUGCCAUUCAGCCUGGAACACCCCCCUGCUGCCUGUACGAAAACCUAACAGUGUGGACUACCGUCCGGUACAAGAUCUGAGAGAAGUUAACCGCCGAGUCAUGGACAUACACCCAACAGUACCCAACCCCUAUACCCUCCUAAGUGCCUUCAGCCCAGAAAGACAAGGGUAUGCUUUUUUCAGCCUGCCUCUGGCCCCCAAAAGCCAAGAGCUCUUCGCCUUCGAGUGGUCCGACCCUGAGAGAGGCAUAAAUGGGCAACUCACCUGGACCCGGCUCCCCCAAGGAUUUAAAAACUCACCCACCUUGUUCGAUGAGGCACUUCACAAGGAUCUGGAUCCGAGGUAACCUACUUGGGGUAUCUGUUAAGAGAAGGCCAACGAUGGCUCACUGAUGCACGGAAGGAAACCGUCCUCCGCAUCCCCCGACCCACAACGCGAAGGCAGGUAAGAGAAUUCCUGGGAUCGGCCGGGUUCUGCCGCUUGUAGAUACCUCGGUUCGCCGAGAUGGCUAAGCCUCUUUACCUGGUCACCCGAGAACAGGUGCCCUUUGAAUGGACAGAGGAAACUGAGCAGGCUUUCCAGCAAAUUAAACUCGCCCUGUUGUCGGCACCAGCCUUAGGGCUCCCCAAUGUCUCCAAACCCUUUCAUCUCUUCAUAGAUGAAAAUAAAGGGGUAGCCAAAGCAGUGCUGACGCAACUCCUUGGCCCAUGGCCCAGGCCCGUUGCCUAUCUUUCAAAAAAACUGGACCCAGUAGCGGCUGGCUGGCCCCCUUGCCUCCGUAUGAUCGCUGCUACAGCUCUAAUGGUAAAGGAUGCUGAUAAAUUAACUAUGGGACAAGAGUUACAUGUUACAACCCCUCAUGCCAUCGAGGAGUCCUCAAACAACCUCCUGACCGAUGGAUAAGUAACGCCCGACUGGUUCACUACCAGGGACUAUUAUUAAAUCCCCUCAGAAUCAUUUAUGCUCCCCCCUGAACACUAAACCCUGCCUCCCUGUUACCAGACCCGGACUUGGAUACCCCCCUCCAUGACUGCGCUGAGAUAUUGGCACAGGUUCAUGGAGUUCGGGAAGAUUUACAGGAUGACCCUCUACCAGACGCCGAGGUUACCUGGUUCACUGACGGCAGCAGCUUUGUACAUCAGGGUCAAAGGAUGGACAGAGGCCUUCCCCACCAAGCAUGAGACUGCGCAGGUAGUAGCAAAGAAAAUGUUGGAAGACAUCAUGCCCAGGUACGUAUUCCCUACCCUAAUAGGGUCAGACAACAGACCAGCAUUCAUUUCAAAGGUAAUACAAGGGAUAGCGCAGUUUAUUGGGGCCGAUUGGAAACUACAUUGUGCAUAUAGACCCCAAAGCUCAGGACAGGUAGAAAGAAUGAAUAGAACCCUAAAAGAGACCCUAACCAAAUUGACCAUGGAGACUGGCGCUAACUGGGUAGUCUUACUCCCCUACUCUCUGUUCAGGGUGCGGAACUCCCCUUACAAACUGGGAUUAACCCCCUUUGAAAUCAUGUAUGGAGUGCCCCCCCCCCCAUAAUUCCCAACCUACAGUCUAAUAUGUUAACUGAAUUUGAUGAUCAUAAACUUCUUAUUUCCCUGAGGGAACUCCAGCACACACACCAGGAAGUUUGGCCCAGACUGAGAGCCGUUUACGAGACCGGGCCCCCUCCUGAGCCGCAUCACUACCGACCCGGAGACUGGGUAUACGUGAGGAGACAUGAGCGAAAAAAGAAAGAACAGGAGGCAGGAUGGUUUGAAUCCUGGUUCAGUGCGUCCCCAUGGUUAACUACCCUGC